GCGUCGUCCCGACUACAUCAGAGCAUGCAUGGUUCACAUGGUUGAUUCGCUGGGAUGAACCUGUCGGAGGUAGACAUGGUGACGGUGGAUUUCAACCGGACAAACCUCAUCUCUCCCGAGGAGUUGGAGUGUGUGAUGUUGUACCACCAGGAGAGUCAGUUGUCAUCAGUUCCUCAGCUGGAGUGUCCCCGCGCCUGGGACUAUGUACUCUGCUGGCCUCCCACUCAGGUCAACUCAUCAGCCGUCAUACCAUGCUUCCCAGAGCUCAACGGGAUCAAGUACGACAUCUCCAAGAACGCUACCAGAUGGUGUCACAGUAACGGGUCCUGGGAUGAGUACUCGGACUUCUCCUCGUGCUCGCCCGUCUCUGGGGUGGAGUCUACUCUGCCCAAGCUGCUGUCUCCGGUGGAGAUCACCACAAUUCUGUAUAUUACCGGAUACACAGUCUCUCUAGUCGCACUUCUACUGGCAGUCACAGUGUUCGUCUACUUCAAAGAUCUGAGGUGCCUGAGGAACACUAUCCACACUAACUUGAUGGGGACUUACAUGCUGUCAGACACCGUAUGGAUGCUUACUCACCCCAUACAGAUGUACCAGACCAACGAAGGCACGCUAGGCCAGGAAUGCACGGUAACGAUACUCACACUGAACAUAAUACUUCACUAUCUGUAUUUAACAAACUUCUUCUGGAUGUUCGUGGAAGGGCUGUAUUUGUACAUGUUGGUAGUUAAAACGUUUGCAAGACAGAAUCUGAAGUUGAGAUCGUAUGCUUGCAUUGGAUGGGGAAUUCCUUUGAUAGUAGUGAUCGCCUGGAUCAUUAUCAAGAGUGUGUUCACCAACGACGCGCCUACUGAAGGUCCAUUGGAGGCACGCUUGAUCUCUGCCAUGAUGCCUCAAUGUUCCAUGUUGGUGCCCGACGUGUACGACUGGAUAUAUCAGGGACCGAUGCUUUCUGUUCUCCUCCUAAACAUAUUCUUCCUCUGUAGUAUCAUGUGGGUGCUGAUAACCAAGCUGAGAUCAGCCACUAAUGCGGAGACUCAGCAGUACCGCAAGGCCACCAAGGCACUGCUGGUGCUGAUCCCACUGCUGGGAGUCACUUAUGUUCUGUUCCUUGACGCUCCCACAGAGGAUCACUUAGCAAGCUACUAUCACAACGUGCGAGCCCUCUUGUUGUCUAUACAGGGGUUCCUGGUGGCACUCCUCUACUGUUUUCUCAACAGUGAGGUACAGAACACAUUGAGGCACCACCUAGCCCAAUGGAAGGAGGCUCGAGAUCUGAAUAUGGGGCCUCGCUACUCCACCAGCAAAGAGUGGUCUCCGUCCACGCAGCAGGAGAACAUAAGGUUGUUUGAGCCGAGCAAGUUCUUCAAACGUAAACGGCAGAUGAGUGUCAGUGAGGCUACGACUAUGACGGUCCUGGGACAUAGUCGAACCAACGGCUCCUACAGCGAGGGUCCGCCAUUACUUCAUGGAGAGAAUCAGCUGUAGCUCCAGUUGUAACUGGAACAGCUGCUACUACAGUUGACACUACAAACGCAGCUACUGUUUGAUCUUUGAACAAUACCUCAGCUCUAGUUACGCGAAUGUACAUCUGAGAUUUUGAUCACGGUGGCUUCGAUGUGGGAGUAACUACUCUAACAUUGUAGCUCCAGCUGAAGCAGCGUAACUCUUAACCAUAGCCAAAGUAUGAUCUGUGAAUAUAGCCAAAGUUACACUAAUCUGUAUCUAAGCACAGACCAUAUUAUAUGUUUUCUGUGAUCUAAGGCUGUAACUAGAGUCCCAUCUACCGAUCUACCAACUAUGACUGCGACAGUUGUUCUAUCUAGAACACAACUUGCAACUACUAAAGGUGUAACUACAAUAGUAGUUACAGUCUGAACUGUGUUCCGAAGUAGGUAUUGAAACUAAGACUAGUUGCAUAUUACAGUUAGACAACUGUAAUAUGCAGCUCCAGUUUAAAUAUAAACGGCUGAAGUAACUACACUCAUAGCUACAGUGUGACCUGUGAGUAUAGCUGUAACUCAAGCUACUCAAGACUGUAUAGCUAGAGUAGCUAACUACAACUGUAACAUUUUAAGCAAUAGUUGGAACAUCAAUUGAAUCAGCAGCAUGUCCUACUACAAACUGGCAUACAGUCUGGAUUUUAAACGGAGUUGUAACACCAAAUCUAGACGCAUCUAACGCAGAUACUGAACAGCUCAAACUGUAACAUUGUAACUUCAGAUGCAACACAAUCUGCAUCUAAUAUAGGGGAACUAUGAAAGUGGCAAAACUGGUCUGAACUGUGUACAUAUAAUAGCUUCAACUCUAAAGCUAUGCACAACUAAUAUGAAGCACAGCUUCACGUUCAACUACAUUUAAAAUACGUGCAGUGAUAACUGCAAGUAAUAAAUGUAGAACAGCGACUAAAGUUUAACACAUAACUAGAGAAGUUAAAAACUUUUAUCUUUUAACUUCGUUGUAGUGUUUCUACUUUUGAACCCAACCUGAAACUUCUAAUAUAAAUUAACUAGCAUUUUAUACAUUUCUUAAUACCGGCUGAUCGGAAUAUUAUGUUACAGUUAAGGGUAGAGAGAUUGUGCCAUGGUUUAUCGUGUUUCAGUAAAAUCUGAUAUGAUUGCAACAAUAUCAGUAACACGGCCAGGAUUUUGAACCUUACAAAAACCGUUAUAAAUGCCACUGACGUAGAUAGACACAAUGGAUAAUACAACCAUUGUCUUAUACAGUGACAAAGGCAUUGAACAAUGUUCUGCCUUGCGUAAAAAAUAUAUAUUUCAAACAAAUUAAAUAGGUUUACUUACCUUACGUCGUUGAUCCUUACUGUAGUCUCAGACAAAUUCAACGAUGCCCGAGAAUACAAUAGGAAUGACGACGUAAACCUAUUUAAUUUAUCAUAAAUCAAUCCUGGAGGCAAUGCUGAAUAGAUAUAUUUAUUCACCAAAAUAUUUUUCCGAAGAAUGAAAUAAAACCAAAACGACAACACUAUACAUUCAGUCUCGUUGUUACGGUACUGUACUGCUUACUAUAGACGUAUGUCACAUAAUAUUGCAAACAAUUAUUAUUUACAGAAAUAUUGAUUACAGUACUUGAAGAUGUUCAAUCCAUGUAAGCUUCUAAGUUCUUUGUAAAUUGGAUACAAUGCUAUCAACAGUUUCCCGAUUUUUUAUUUACACCAUGAAUAACAAACAAUUUUCGUUCAUGCGUACAUAGCAGAACACCAUAAUGUUAAUAUGUUAAUCCGAUGCAACUUAGCAAUACUUCCCUUAAAAUUUAAUUACAGACGUCUUUUUAGGCGGCUAAAAUUGUUUGUAAAUACUCUUAAAUGGUGCUAUAAUAAUGUGCUAGCUUAGAUCUUUUUAAUCUGUAAAUUGUAUUGUAUUGUAUGUAGGUUAGAUAUACGUGAUGUGAAUGUAUUGUAUGUAUUUUCACUGUAUUUUAAUUAUAUAUU